AAUAAACCCAUUGUAGGUAUUCUCUUUAAUUCAUGAAUGCUCUAUUUAACCCAAAAAAUUGGGAUAAAAGAACAUGAAACUAGAUAUUCCUCCAGUACUUUUACAACUAGUCCUGAAGAAAAGAAAAGCCUUUAGAAAGCGUCAUUCUUGAACUCAAUUACUGAUGGGCACUUUGAAUUCGCUUGUUCUUCUUUCUUGUAUACUCGCAACCCUUCCCCUGACGAUUGCUCAAAUCUGUUCCAAUAAUUUCACUGCAAACAGCGCGUACGGCGUAAACCGCAACCUAAUUCUCUCUUCCCUCCCUUACAAUGUCACCGCUAACAGCACGUACGGUGGAUUUUACACCGCCACUAUCCCACUGCAAGACUCCGAGACUAUCUACGCUCUCGCACUCUGCAGGGGUGACCUUGCCUACCAAAGUUGUUUUGAAUGCGUCAAUUCCUCGAUCCAGGCAAUAAUGACGAAUUGUCCAAACCAAAAAGAUGCGCUUGAUUGGGGAUCAAAUUCUCAUUGUAUUGUACGGUCCUCUAACAACUCAUUUUUUGCAUCCAUGGUGUCGCAACCGGCCAGAGUCGUGUUUGGGGGAAACAUUACAGACUACAUCGAUGAAUUUGAUAAGACCUUGGAUGAUUUGGUCGAUGAGCUGAUAAUCAGGGCGGCUGAGGGUAAUUCUUCCCUUAAGUUUGCAACGGGUGACAAAAAUUAUACCCAGUAUAAGUACGAGAAUAUUGUGUACGGACUAUUGCAGUGUAUCCCUGGCCUUUCACCUGUUGAUUGUACCAGUUGUCUAAGGGCAGCGGUGGGAGUUUACAAGGACGGUUUUUUGAGGAGGAGAUUUGUGAAUGUUAUGACACCAAGCUGUAUUUUUCAGUAUGAUUUGUCUGAUUUUGUGGAAUCUUCAGUUGGUGCUGCACCGCCACCGCCCCCCCCUCCACCGCCACCGUCGCCUCCACCGCCGCCGUCGCCCCCUCCACCGCCGCCGUCGCCAGGAAAGGAUGAUAAUACAACUCGAACAGUCAUUAUUAUUGUUGUUUCGACAAUAGGUUCUGUGAUAGGAUUCAUUGUCUGCGUUUGCAUCUUUCUAAGAAAGAGGAAGCAGAAGAAGAAUCCAAAACUAAAGGUUGAAGUUUCUGAAGCUGAGGAUCAAAUUAGCAUCGUGGAAUCUUUGCAAUAUGACUUUAAAACUAUUAGCAUUGCAACGGAUAACUUUUCCGAUGGUAAUAAGCUUGGACAAGGUGGAUUUGGUGCCGUUUACAAGGGUAGGCUUUUGAAUGGACAAGAAAUUGCAGUGAAGAGGCUGGCUAAGGAAUCUCUACAAGGAGAAACAGAGUUUAAGAAUGAGGUUAUGCUAGUGGCCAAGCUUCAACACAGGAAUUUGGUUAGGCUGCUUGGUUUCUGCUUGGAAGGAACAGAAAGGCUUCUUAUCUACGAGUUUGUGCCCCAAUCAAGCCUUGAUCACUUCCUAUUCAAUCCAAACAAGCGCAAACUAUUGGGAUGGGAUAGACGUUACAAGAUCAUCGGAGGCGUUUCCCGGGGACUUCUCUAUCUUCAUGAAGAUUCACGACUAAGGAUCAUUCAUCGUGAUCUCAAAGCCAGUAACGUUCUAUUAGACGAAAGCAUGAAUCCAAAAAUUUCAGAUUUUGGCAUGGCAAGAUUGUUUGUGGUGGAUGAAACUCAAGGGAGUACAAGUAGAAUCGUGGGAACCUAUGGAUAUAUGGCUCCAGAGUAUGCGAUGCAUGGGCAAUUCUCGGUCAAAUCAGAUGUCUUUAGCUUUGGUGUCUUAGUUCUUGAAAUUCUGAGUGGUCAGAAGAACAACUCUUUCCGUAAUGGGGAGAACGUAGAGGACCUUUUAAGCUACGCUUGGAAAACUUGGAGGGAAGGAACAUCUUCAAAUCUCAUAGACCCCGUAUUGAGGGCUAAUUCGGGUUCCAUGCAGGAAAUGAUAAGAUGUAUUCACAUUGGGUUACUGUGCGUCCAGGAAAAUAUCGUGGAAAGACCGACUAUGGCUUCAGUUGUUCUGAUGCUUAGUAGUUCCUCCCUCAGCCUUCCGGUACCAUCAGAGCCAGCAUUUUUUCUGCAUAGUGGUAGCACCAAUUCUGAGCUUCCACAUGGUCAUGGAAUGGCUGUGUCGGAUCAUUCAAUUAAUGAAGUAUCAAUUACAUAGUUGGAUCCACGUUAAAUUCUCAAGAUGUGAUUUCAGCUAUAACCAAAUAUGUUUGAACAAGAAUGUGAUUUCAGCAAUAAGCAUAUCUGUUAAUUUCUAUAAAAGGAAUGCUAAUUGAGUAAA